AUGAAAGAAUGGGAUGUUGUCUUUAACAAACCAAGAGCAACAAUAGUGUCUGAACAAGAAUGUAGACAGAAACUUAAGAAAAUAAAAGUUGUACAAGUUGGCAUGAAGAUGUUAGAUGCUUGGGAUAUCUUAUUGUCAAAGUUAGAAGAUUUUUCAGUUCGAGGUAUAAAGUUCUAUACACCUUCUCCAAACUUCUAUUCUAUCUUCACUGGAUAUAAAUACGAACAAGUAGAAUGGAAACACAGUAUUAUAGAAGCUUGGUUAGACCAUGUCAAAGAAAUUAUAUGCAAUGGAAACGAAAAGGUUUAUGAGUAUAUCUUAUGUUGGUUUGCAAAUAUCUUACAACAUCCAAGUGCUAAAAAUGAAACUGCUCUCAUUAUAAUUGGAAAACAAGGAACUGGUAAGAAUACUUUCUUUACAGAUAUUUUGUGCAAACUGUUAGAAGGUUAUUCGAAUCCGAAUAUGACAAACUUAGAAAACAUCUGUGGCAAGUUUAACUCCUCAAUAGAGAAUAUGAAACUUAUAGUUUGCAAUGAACUUCAAAGUAUAGAUACAACAAAAGUUUUGAACUCAGAUGCUUUGAAGAGUCUUAUAACAGACAAAGUUGGAGUUGUUGAAAGAAAGUAUAAAGACCAAAGAGUUUGUGAAAAUGUUGCAAACUUCAUUAUGGUUUCAAACAAUGCUGUUCCGAUGCAGUUAGAAAGUUCUGACAGAAGAUAUGUAGUUGUCAGAACGUCAGAAGCUCAUAUGCAAGAUACUGAAUAUUUUGACGCUUUGUCAGAAUGUUUGACAUCUGACUUUUACAACCACUUGUUCUCAUAUUUCAUGACAUUAGAUAUUUCUAAGUUCAAUCCAAGACAAAUUCCACAUACCGAAGAGAGACAAACAUUGUUAGAAGCAAACAAGAGUGUUUAUGAACUGUUCGUAGAUGAAACUGACUUUGUGUCAUUAGAUGAAAG